AUGAAUGGACACUUUACCAGCGAUUACAUGAAUGUAAUUAACAAUGAAGCCGUUUGUGAUGAUUUAGUAGGUGAAGACGUAUGUAAUGACGAAGUUUUAGAUAAAACAUUUGCCCAUUUUAACUUAAAUUCCAAAUUAUUGGAGAUAAUAGGGUUUCUGGGUUUUACUAGACCAUCGCCAAUCCAAUACAAGGGUCUACCCCUAGGCCUUGAUGCUAAGGACUUGAUUGUGCAGUCGAAAAGUGGUACUGGUAAAACACUCUUGUUUAUAUUGAUCAUUUUAUCUAAAAUAGACGAUACUGGACUAUCGGUGAUAAUCGCUCCAACCAGGGAGCUCGUGGUACAAAUUCAUCAGGAAAUAGUAAAGUUUACAAGUUUGCUUGAUAAUUCCAUCAAACCUUUGUAUUCCACCUCUGGCAAAUCUCUUAAGAAGGAUAAAAAGGUUAUUUCGCAAGGAUGCAAAAUAAUUACCUCGACACCAGGCCGUUUGUUGGCUCUACUAAAACCUAUUGAAAAAAUGGGUUAUAUUAAGACGUUAGUGCUUGAUGAAGUGGAUAUGUUGAUGGAUGACCAAUUUCAAGAUCAAAUUGCCUAUGUAAUCUCAAAAAUAGUCACAGAAUAUACGCAAUUGAUUGCCACAUCUGCUACACUUCUUCCUCAAUUUGCUAGUAAAUUAGCGAAUCUUCUGCCAGAUAGGCAAUUAAUAAGUGUUUCAACAUGUCUGCCUUUUGUUAGACACUCGAAAUGUGAGGAUGAAUCGCCAGUGCUUAGGGGCAUAAAAUUUUGUUUCAUUAAACUAUCUCAGCAUGAACGUGAUAAAUUUAAAAGCUUGUUACAUGUGUUGGAGUCACUGGAAUUUAAGCAAGCAAUAAUUUUCUGCAAUAGAUCUGUCGAUGCAAUUAAUGCAUUUAACAAUCUAAGCAAUUUGGGUUACUAUUGCGAUUAUACUAGCUCAAAAGUUAGCCAUGGAGGGAGGAUGAGGUGCCUAAAAAAUUUACGCAAUAACUCAUGUAAAAUUGUCAUAUGUUCUGACCUUCUUUCUCGAGGAAUUGAUUCGUUGUUGGUAGAUUUAGUGGUCAAUUUAGAUGUACCCUUUAACAAACAAACAUUUUUACAUAGAUCAGGCAGGGCAGCCAGGUUUGGAAAAAGUGGUAUUUGUGUAUGUAUCGCAAGUUAUGAUGAGUGGCAGUCAUUGGAUUAUUAUAGGAUGUCCUUGAAGUUAUCUUUGUAUCCAAUUUCAGAAUUGGCUACCAAACGCUCAAAUGGUUCAUUUAAAUGUUCUCGAUUGGGAUUGCCCGUAAAUGCAUUUCACACCUUAAAUGACACUUGUACCACCAGGGCUGAUCAAUUUAGUCUGAAUGAGUUGAAUUGUUUUAACGGAAUCGUUGAACUUAGUGGAGCUCCAUUUGUCACAGUUUACAAUAUGGAGGGUCAAAUUGUAUUAAAUUUCGUUGCUAAGGAUGUUAAUUGGGUCAUUGAUGAUGUGUAUAAGUUGAUAUUUGGACUAGAUCCCAUAAAGCAAGCAAUAAACUCUGAAAUUAUAAAUAAAGUGUUCAUUUCAGGACCUUUAACAUCGUCAAUGCUACUAGUGAAGUUGCUACUGGAUGAGAGAAUCCCCAAUAAUAAUAACCACAGUGAAAAUACUCAAUUAUACAACAGAUUGUUUGCUAAUAAACAAACAAAGAAUAUUGGUUACAGUGAACUACCUAAUAUAAUAACUGACGCAACUGAUAACGAUGGGUGUAAUGUGCGCGAUUCUGCAUUGGGUUAUUACGGGACCACUCCACUCAAUAAAAAUGGUACAAUUCAUGAAUUGUACUAUAAAUUUAUGAGUCUCCACUUCACCAAGCAAUUAUCGUGCGUAAUCUAA